AUGGCGAAAAUAUCAGAAGCAGAGUUGCAACCAGUUCUGGAAGCUUUCUCUGUACCAGUGGAUCGUUUUUUGUUCAACAAAUACAAAAAGCUCUACAAUCAAGGCUAUUUCCAACUUGACGAUUUCAAAAAAGGAAAUAAAAAUACCAACGGAUACGCGUUCUGUUGUGAAUGGUUCAAGUUGUGUCCUGAAGGCUCUGAACCAUUUUACAAGCAGACGUGGUUCUUCAUUACCUGCGGAGGUGUCGCCCUUCUUUUUAUCCUUGGAAUCGCUGUCGGAGUCUUCAUUUGUCUUCGACGACGUAAAGAGAAAUCUGGUGGUGGUGGAGGGAAGGGGAAGAAAUGA